AUGGCCGAUACAUUGCCAACAACGUUACCGUCGGCGAAUCGCCCAUUGGGAGACCCGCUAAAGGACAAAGUCGAAGCAAUAAUCAACCAGUGCAAGCGGGUCGACUUUAAGUCUGAGGAAUUCCAAAAAGGAGCGGAACUGUACCAGGAGGCUCUAGAUGUUUGUCGUCAACUUCCCUCAUCGACAACUCCAUUUCACCCAAUCACUACACCAAUUCUCUAUGAACGAGCCAUGGAUGAUGCAAUGUUGGCAAAAUUUGGAAGCAAAUUAGAGUAUCUAAACAAGCUAAAUGGCAAAGUUCAAGAAGUGCAUUCAAAAGCAAAACAAAUGAGAGGAUUGUGCGAGGAAUUGACAAAAACGAUCUCCGAGAAUAAAGAGAAAACGGAGCAUUUCCUUGCCCAAACAAAUGCGAUUCGAUCGAAAAUGUCACUUUUGGAAGCAAAAGCUGCAUUAGUUGACGAGUUUCUUGACAAGUUCACCUUAUCGGAGAAAGAAGAAAAAGCUUUGCUUGGAGAUCAAAAUGAUGGCACUGUUUCAAUGGAAUUCUUCGACGCAUUGAACAGAAUCAAACAAAUCUAUGAGGACAGCAAGCAACUUGUGAGAACAUCAACGGAACACGUGGCUGCACUUGAGGUGAUGGAGGACAUGGCUUCCCGCCUAGAGAAAGCUUACGAGGUUCUCUAUCGAUCCAUUCAAAGAGAAUGCCGCCUCUUAUCCAGCGACUUUUCGGAUAUCAAAUCAGUUGUGAUUCAAUCGUUUUCCGCACUACAAGAAAGAGAGAUUCUCUUCAAAUACGCACUUGACGAGUUCGCGAUGGCUCGGAAAAACCACGUGCUGAGAAUUUACAUUGAUGCAUUGACAAGAGGUGGCGGUACAAGCGGGAACAAACCAAUUGAGUUGUUGAGUCAUGAUCCUCUUCGAUACGUGGGAGACAUGCUGGCUUGGAUGUAUCAAGCGAUCGAGAACGAGAAAGGAAUACUCAACGCAUUGCUCAAGAUGUGCAGGCCUGAAGUCGCUUCCUCCUGCUCAACGGAUGUCAUUUCACAAGUUUCCAGCGCUCUAUGCCGACCGUUCAAGGUACGUGUCGAACAAUCGUUAGCAGGCGGUGAAGCCGAUCCAGUGAUCAUCUAUAAACUCAAUGGACUCUUCGGGUUUUACUUGGCCAAGUUCCCACCUCUAACUGGCUCAGCUUCGGAGUUAUGUCAGACAAUGAAGGAUCUACAAGAAUUGGCGAUGAGCAUCUUCAUGACCGGACUCUCGUCAACAGUUCAAAGGAUAUUGGGAAGGAUGGGGCCUCCCGACUACGACUUGUUGCCUGUUCCGGCUGUUCAUCAGCUCCUCUCAUUGUUGAAAGAAGUGCUUGACACGCACAAUGGAGCAAUGAGUGUUGAGAACCCAAAGGAACAAUUUAAUCAGGUGUUUUCCUGCAUCCUCGAUCCACUUCUCCGCUCUGUCCAACUGGCAGCCACUCAAUUGGCCUCACCGCUCGAUGUUGCUGUCUACACGCUAAACUGCUUAUCAGCUAUUCAGGCCGUCGUCCUCCUUUAUCAGUUCACUGACCAGCGAUUGGAGAUGCUGAAAGCUUUGAUAGAAGGCAAUGAAGAUGUGCUUGUUUCCGAGGAAUCGUCGGCUAUUUUGUCAAAUACGUCACUUAUCGGGAUCUAUCAGAAAGCGGCCGCUCAUUCGUCGCAACAAGGCCCAAUGUCAGCAAUCCCGGGACUUGAUGCUGUAUCGAUCACGAAUGCGAUCGCCUCCUUCAGCAAUUUCAUCUCCCAAUCCGACAAGCUACGUCUCGAUCUAAUCACCCGAGUCAACAGUACAAGAAUUCGUGAAUCAAUCAUGAAACGAACGAUCGACAACAUUGCCGCUGCUUAUGCGGUAAUUGUUCGGAAAAUCGAGGAUCCAUCGAAUGGAUAUGGCGAAAUUCUUCACAAGAGCCCAGACGAGGUGAUGGGACUCCUCAAG